GAGCUGCAGCUGAUUGGCUGGAGAGUGUGGACCCGUGAGUGAGGACACACACACACACACACACACACACUCGCUCAGUGAGGUCUGCAGCUCGUCGGGUCGUGUGUGUGUCGGAGGCUCGGGUCGUGGACAUGUGGAUGUGGAGCCAUGCGGACGGAGCUUGUGCUGCGCUCUUCUCUCACGGCGCUUCUCUGCACUCAGGUCAUGGGCUCCAUGCUGGACGAUGUGAUCUAUAAGCGCGGGGAAUAUCAGGAGAACUGCACACGCUUCCUGAAAGCCUCUCUGCCGACUGGCACUGGAAUCUUCUGCAACGGAACGUUUGACGUGUUUGCGUGCUGGCCGCACUCGUCUCCCGGCAUCGUGUCCGUUCCCUGUCCUCCGUAUCUCCCGUGGAUCCGAGAAGGAGCUGCUGGAAGUGUGUAUAAGGAAUGCAUGAUCAACGGCGCCUGGAAAACUGAGGAGAACUCCAGCAGCGUCUGGAGAAACCAGUCCGAGUGCGAAAACCAGUAUUACUUCAAGUCUGAGGAGGAGGAGGUGUUUCGGCAGUCCGUGCUGCGAGUCCUGUCCAUCGUCGGAUACUCGCUGUCCUUCUCCUCGCUCUGCUUGGCUGUUCUCAUCAUGAGUCUGCUGAGGAAGCUUCACUGUACGAGGAACUACAUCCACAUGAAUCUCUUUGUAUCGUUCAUAUUUAGAGCGACAGCCGUAAUUACCAAAGAGGUUGUGUUACAAGUCACGUACACCAACCUUCCCAGGGACGAGCUGGGGUGGAACAGCUACACCAAAUCUGCGAUUUCUUUCCUCUGCAAGGCCUCGAAGGUGUCGCUGGAAUAUUUUGUGGGAUGUAAUUACUUCUGGCUUCUAGUGGAGGCGAUCUUCCUGCACACGCUUCUGUUCACGGCCGUGCUGACCCGCAAGAGACUCCUGAAGAAGUACAUGCUCAUCGGAUGGGGAACUCCAUUAUUGUUCGUGAUCCCCUGGACCGUAACCAAAACUUUAUAUGAAAAUAAAAGCUGUUGGUUGAACAAUAUCCGAUGGAUCUGGUGGAUAAUCCGAGGCCCAAUAACACUGUCAGUGAUCGUCAUUUUUUGCAUUUUCCUCAAAAUCAUCCGACUUUUGCUGUCCAAGUUAAAGGCCGACCAGGUGAAGUUCACGGACUACCGUUACAGUUUAGCCAGAGCAACGCUCGUGUUGAUUCCUCUGCUCGGGAUCCACGAGAUCGUCUUCACCAUCAUCAUCGACGAAUCAGUGGAAGGAAGCAACCGCUACGCUCGAAACUUCGUCCACCUGACCCUGAGCUCGUUCCAGGUGAGCGAUCCCCUCGCUUGUCCUCUCCCGACUCAGGACGCCUCUAACCGCGAGCUCUGUUCGUCCACAGGGUCUGCUAGUCGCAGUGCUGUACUGCUUCGCCAACGGAGAGGUGCAGGCGGAGCUGAAGAAGCGCUGGCAGCUGUUCCUGUCCUCCAAUCACUGCGAGGUCCACAACUGCUUCACGGACAUCCACCCCAAACACCUGUGGAAGUGUUCGCACAAGAGUUCAGGACAAACCCAAGAGCAGAGCCAAUCCAACGAGGACGGAGGCCACGCCCCCUCACAGGUGCAUCCGCAGGUGACCGACCAAUCAGCAGAGGACCUGGCCUGUGGGCGGAGCUUAGGCCUGGAGUUCUACACGAGGAAGAGUUUGUCCAGCAGCGACGGGGAAAUGACUUUAGGAGAGACGAUGGAGGAGAUCAUCGAGGAGAGCGAGUUCUGACACUCAUUUUUAUGUAAAUAUGUAAUUAGGGAUGUAUAUUUCCAAUCUUUAACCACUGUAAAUUAUUCAAGGCUGUUUACGCCACAGAAUAAAAAAAGGUAAUUGUGACUUUAAAUCAAUUCGGACUUCAUAAUGAUCAUAUCUGAGAAAAACGUCGGAAUCGCGUAAUAUACAUUUUUUAUUUGUAAAUUGUGAGAUAAAAAGUUGCAAUUUACACUCAUUUAAAAAAA